AUGCAUAUCCUAUCCUCCGCCCUGCUCCUAGGCUCCUUUGCCCUCCAAGCCGUCCUUGGCCGUCCCAACCUCAUCGGCAAACGUGCUGUUGACGACUUUGUCGAGGCUGAAAAUACCAUCGCCCUCGAGAAGCUCCUGUGCAACAUAGGUGCUGAUGGAUGUGCUGCUGCGGGUGCAUCGCCGGGAGUGGUCAUCGCCUCUCCAAGCAAGGUGGACCCUCCGUACUUUUACACGUGGACUCGAGAUAGUGCCCUAGUCUUCAGGAGCAUUGUGGACAGGUUCACGGAUCAGUAUGACGCCAAUCUCCAACAUCUUAUUCAGGAGUACGUGGGCGCACAAGCCAAGCUCCAAGGCGUUUCCAACCCAUCAGGUUCCUUGUCAGAUGGGCAAGGCCUGGGCGAGCCCAAGUUCGAGGUCAAUCUCACCCCUUACACGGGCGCUUGGGGCCGACCUCAGCGUGAUGGACCUGCCCUGCGGGCCAUCGCUCUUCUUGGAUACGCUCAAUGGCUCAUUGACAACGGCUACAAGUCCACAGCCAACGACAUCGUGUGGCCUGUGAUCCACAAUGACCUCGAGUACUCCGCUCAGUACUGGACCCAGCCCGGCUUCGAUCUCUGGGAAGAAGUGAACGGACAGUCUUUCUUUACUGUAGCGAGUCUGCACAGAGGUGCCUCAGUCGCCAAGCAGCUGGGCAAGUCGGCAGACAAGUAUUCCAACAUCGCGCCGCAGGUUCUCUGCUACCUUCAGAAUUUCUGGGUAUCCAACGGCGGAUACGUUGACUCGAACAUCAAUGUCAACGAUGGCCGCACGGGCAAAGAUGCCAACAGUGUCCUGGCAUCGAUCCAUCUCUUUGACCCAACUCUCGGAUGCAACUCGGCCACGUUCCAACCUUGCUCUGACCGCGCGCUCUCCAACCUCAAGGCAUACGUCGACUCUUUCCGCUUCUACAGCAUCAACAGCGGCAUCCCUACCGGAAAGGCCAUCGCUGUGGGACGGUACGCUGAGGAUAGCUACUAUCAGGGCAACCCGUGGUACCUCAACACACUGGCCGUAGCUGAGCAGCUGUACGAUGCCCUGUAUGUCUGGAAGCAGCAGGGCAGCGUCACCGUGUCGCAGACAUCUCUUAGCUUCUUCCGUGACCUGGUUCCCAGCAUCGCUACUGGAACGUACGCGAGCAACUCCGCUACCUACACAAGCAUCAUCAACGCCGUCUCAACCUACGCAGACGGCUUUAUUGCCAAGGUCCAGCAAUACACGCCCAGCGACGGCUCGCUCGCCGAGCAGUACUCCAAAUCCGACGGGUCACCCCUUAGCGCCAGUGACCUGACCUGGUCGUACGCUGCCUUCCUGACGGCUACAUCUCGUCGCGCCGGCAUCGUGCCCCCAACCUGGGCGAACGGGGCGAACAUGGACGUCCCAGGGACGUGCAGCGCGACCACGGCGGUCGGAUCGUACACCUCUGCCACCAAGACCUCGUUCCCGGCCAGCCAGACGCCCACAGAUGGCGUCCCCAGUCCUACUGAUGGCAGCCCCACGACUACGGAUGGCGGCCCAACGACUACCGAGUCUUCCGCGCCAUGCGCGACAGCAACAUCCGUGGAUGUCACGUUCGAGGUGCGCGUCACCACGCAGUAUGGUCAGACAAUCAAGAUCGUUGGUGAUGCCAGUGAGCUGGGUCAGUGGAAUACCGGCAACGCCGUGGCCCUCAGUGCUUCCUCGUACACAGCCGCGGACCCUGUCUGGAAGGGCACCGUGACUCUGCCGGCUGGCGCGCAGUUGGCCUAUAAGUACAUCAAUGUGGCCACCGACGGCUCCGUCACGUGGGAGAGCGACCCGAACCGCCAGUACACUGUGCCCAAGACGUGCGAGACCACCGCGACGGAGUCGGACACGUGGAGGUAA